UGAGCUAUUUGAGUCCAGCCCCACACAGGAGACAGCAGAGACAUUGUUUGAAGUGGUUCAAGCCUUCCUUGACCUUCAAGCUGAAGUUGAUACAGAUGAUGAAGAUAUUGAUACAGGAAAGCUACGUCUUCUACCAGAAGUCUGUCACAGACUAGCUACACAGGCUCUCUGUAUCUGUAGUCAAGACAAGUUAUGUCAGUACCUAGAAUUGUGUAAGAUAUGUUCCUUGUUGUUAUCUGUCAGUCAACAGUGUGAAUCAGGGGACAGUACUCUAUCUGCUCAGUGGGGAGAAGUGACAGAGUUUCGUGUAGACAAGGAGUUAUUUACAGACCUCACACUAGAUGUGUUCCAGGAAGAUGCUUUGUUAAUGAGCUCAACUGUUGCUUUACCACUUGUCUCUAAAUACACAGUUCUCAAUCCACUGUUUAGAUCCUUGAAACGUGCUGUAAAGACAGAUGUAGAGGAAAGUUCUCCAGUACAGUUGUUAUGUAACAGUGUAUUACCUGUGGUACAACAUCUUAGAGAGAAUAGUCAUAUACAACUUUCCUUUACUUUCUCCCUCCAUAUGCUGCUGACACUGUUACAAUAUAUGCAACAACAGGACAUGGGUCUGCCCUUCACAUCAGAGGCUCAAAGGGAGAAGAUUGUACAGGGCUGGAAAUGUGUGCAGGAUUUAGAGAAGACAAGCAAGGCUAUGAUGAAAGAUCUUGUCUUUACUCUCGUAAUGAAGAUAUUUAACAGUAGUCGGGUAGAUGAUCAUUUAGCAUUCACAUACUUGUGUAACCGACCUAAACGUGAAGUGAUGGAACUGAUGAUGAGGUUAACUAAAUCAGCAGGACAACAGUAUAAAAAACUAAAGGCUAUAGCAGGUAUGGGUAUAGCUCUAGGACAAAUCUUCAAGGAGCCAAGUAUGAUCAGCAGCUGUCAACUGCUAGAGACCAAUGCUUCCUGGGGAUAUAGACUUAGUAAAAUGAAGAUUUCCUUCAAGGAUGCUAUUUUAGGACCAAACAGUGAAAAGACCAAGUUACUACCAACUAUUGCACAAAAUGAGGGUGCAGAUACAACAUUAGUGAAGGAAUUUUGUCAAUCAUUUGAGCUGGAUGUGGAUGAGGGAUUGUUACUAUAUUUAGAUCACUUAUUUGUACAGCCAGAUGAUACUUCAUUUGAGACAGAGAACAACAAGGCCUCAGUAAUAUCUCGUGCUUGGGAGGCUGUCUCUAUGAUCAAAAAUGAAGAUGAACUGAUGCGAUGUAUCAAGAAAAUUUAUUACAGGACAAGUGGCUAUGAUUAUGAGACUUUAGAGUUUGCACUAGAGGUGAUGGCCAAGUCCAGUGAUGUUGGAGACAUACCUGUAGAUAAGGGGUUAAAGUUGCUGGAAUAUCUGAAGGUCUACACACGUCAUGCACCACCAGCUGAAUAUGAGAUUGAAUUUAAGAUUGGUGGUGAGAAAAAGGAGUCUCAGAUUUUUAUGGCAUCUUUACCACCAGAGAGUAAGACCAGACUACCUGUGCAUCCUUUACUGCAUAAAGAUCCCUGGAAAGUGAUCACUCCAGAGCUGAAUAGAGAGACAGUUGCUACAUGGCUUCUGAUGGCAAAACUGCUCAGUUUAUCUCCAGACCAGAUCUGUCUAACAGCAGUACAGAACAUGGUGAGAGUGUAUACUGAAACAUUUACAAGCCCUGAUGGAGGAUCAGACAUGAGUCACUGGAACUGGAGGCCCGAACAGGCCAACCAAAUCCUACUACAGGAUGCAGUGCAAGUGUUACAGAGCAUUAAGAAUUGUGAGAGCUCUCUUGCAUGUGCUAAAUGGAUGGUCACCAAACUCCCCUUGGGUUCUGAGAAGGUGUUGGUCCUGAAACACUGUGUAAAACUAGCAGAGUUAUGGCACUUGAGUAUUACUGAAGAGUGUGGAAAGAAAGAAAAAGCAAAGGGAGCCUACCUGAAAUUUCUCAGUCACUGGCAGAAGAUGGCAUCGGCACAAGCCCUGUGUUUGAAUGGUCUUGGUGAAGCGGAGUUGUUACAAAGCACAGACAAACCAUCAUUACUGUUACAGAAAUUAUAUGAACAUCCUAGUAUCACACAGCUUGAAUGGGAAGCUGGGUCAAUCAAACCUGAUAUUCAUACUGCUGCAGUGAAGAUUGCUGACAUCAACAAUAUUGUACUAGAUGGUGUACACAAUACAUUGAUCAUGAAAUGGUUACAGUCUGGUAACAAGGCACAACAAGAUUCUGACACUACAAUGACAUUUAGCUUGGAGAAUAUCAAACUAAGUGAAACACUUCGAGAAAUUGAUGAUGAUGAUGAGGAAAUCAAUUUCAAAAGAAUUGUUCAUCUUGUUGAGAAAGAAAACAAUGAAAAGAAUAUCAUGAGAUUGUUUGAGUAUGCCCUAAAGCCACAUGAAGGUCGUGAGACAGUAUGCUGUAUCCGGGCAUUAAGAUGUUUACUUCACCUAUGUGAUGAUGCCACCAUGCAGAAAGAAUGUAACAAGUCAUUGGAGGACAUAAGGAAUCUGUUACAUGUGAUGAUUUAUCUGUCAAGUCUUGAGAAACUUCACAUUCGACAUACUGUAGAGACAUUUAUCUCCUGUCAUAAAGAAGGACUGGUGAAAGGAAUCUGGAAAAAUCAUAGUCAUGAAAAAACUGCUGUGACAUUGGUGUCGUGUUUGUGUCUAGAUUUUGAGAUCUAUGACUUCCAGUUAUGGACAAGCAUUCUGCAGAGGCUUCAUUCAUUUGGACUGGUGACCCAGCUAGAAUAUGUGUUGUUGCGCCUCAACAAUGUGCCAGAACUAUGGCAGAUUGCAGCUUUCCCUAAAAUGUGGUAUACUGUUGUAUCUAUGCCUCUACUCAAAGUAUGUUCACCUUUGAGUAAAGAACAGACAGACACAUGUGUACAUUACUUCAAUGUCUUGUUAAGAUGUCCUGUAUUGAGGGAUCUGGAUGGUGACAUGUUAUCUAAACUAUACCACAAGUUAGAGAUGCCAGCUUGUUCUCUGGGAUGUCUCAUCAUCUGUAAAUCAUCGUCUGAUGCCAUGUUUCAGAAUAAAGUGAGUGAGGAAGGCAGACAAAUCCUGGAUAACAUUGACUAUAUGCUCCAGUGUGGUCUAAGUCAUGGAAUCAGUACUAAGAUUCAAGAGAGUGUAUAUAAAGAUAUGCUGGUAUGUGAGAGGUUUGAACAGAUUCUAGAUACACCAUACCAACAACAGUUUGUGGAGUAUUGUGUCAAGAUGAAACAAAUAGAUGACCUAUUAGUGUUUGCUAUAAAACAUCAAAGGUUAACAGAAGCUCGUACAUUGGUGAUGGUAUAUACGAAUGCCCACACGGACGUGUGUAUGAAGGUAGCACAGUAUAUAGAUGAGGAGGAAGAGGAAGAAGACAGUUCUACAGCACUGCUUAAGGGCUAUUUGAAGAUGCAGAAUCUACAGGAAUAUUCUGCUAUGUUGUAGAGUGAUUGCUGUAAUAAUAUUUCAACUGUGCUGACAGGAAUAAAAUAAAAAAGAAAUAACACUUGUUACAAAUAUAUGAUUCAUUAUAUUAUCUGUAUAUAUUAGAACUAACAUUGAAAGCAAGUGUAUUUAACUACUAUACAGGAUUACUGAUGUUUAGGGUUAAUGUGGGUAGUCAAGAUGGCAGUUUUUGAAGCAAGUGUUCAUUAGAAAAGCUGCACAGUGUGAAACAGAUGAAAAUUUUAGGUAGAUGAGCAUGGAAAUGCACAUUUAUUGCAGACUGAUACAAAAUGUUUGUUAACUUGUUUGAAUGGUGUCAUUUUCUUGUUAUAUACUUGUUACAAUGACUUAAGUUAAUUUUCAAUGGGUAUAUUGAAUAACUUACUGAAUUCACUUGUAUGAAAAAAAUUGUAUGCAAUAACUUUAAACAGAAACAUUGUAAUUAAAUAUUCUACAAGUAAACUUCUCUUUACUUCAUCAAGAUGAUGUUUAAUGAUCUGAUAAAUUAAAUUUAUAUAUUUGCAAGAGCAGCUUGUA